GCGGGGGGGCGGCGGACGAGACCACCGCGGCGGCGAAAGGGGGGGGUGCGGGGCUGUCCCGACACAGACAGAGCGGGGUUUUCCGGGCAGCACCGCUGCCAGGAGGCGGCGGAGGGACGGAGCGGGCCGGCCGGUGCCGAUGCCGAGGAGCAGCUGACGGCGGCGGGGACGCGGAAAUGGAGCCGCGGCCGGGCCGGGCCGUGCGGGCGCUGUGCGGCCUCUUCCUCCUCCUCCUCCUCCUCGUCCUGCAGCAUCCCGGCCGCGCCGAGCGCGCCCCCGGCUCCCACCUGGACGAGUCGGCCAUCGCAGAGUUCUGCCGCAUCGACAAGGCCCUGUGCCACGACGAGGACGAGCAGCUGAGCUUCGAGGCCGUGCGCAACAUCCACAAGCAGAUGGACGACGACGCCAACGGAAACGUGGACGUGGAGGAGAGCGACGAGUUCUUGAGGGAAGACUUGAAUUACCAUGACCCAGCAGUCAAGCACAGCACUUUCCAUGGAGAGGACAAGCUCAUCAGUGUGGAAGAUCUCUGGAAGGCCUGGAAAACAUCCGAAGUGUACAACUGGACGGUGGACGAGGUGGUGCAGUGGCUCAUUUCCUACGUGGAGCUGCCCCAGUACGAGGAGACCUUCCGCAAGCUGCAGCUCAGCGGCCACGCCAUGCCCAGGCUGGCAGUGAACAAUGCCACCAUGAUGGGGACCGUGCUCAAGAUGACCGACCGCAGCCACCGGCAGAAGCUGCAGCUCAAGGCUCUGGACACGGUGCUCUUCGGGCCUCCUCUGUUGACCCGCCACAACCACCUCAAGGACUUCAUGCUGGUGGUGUCCAUCGUCAUCGGCGUGGGCGGCUGCUGGUUCGCCUACAUCCAGAACCGCUACUCCAAGGAGCACAUGAAGAAGAUGAUGAAGGACCUGGAGGGUCUCCACAGGGCUGAGCAGUCUCUCCAUGACCUGCAGGAGAGGCUGCAGAAGGCGCAGGAGGAGCACCGCUCCGUGGAGGUGGAGAAGGUGCACCUGGAGAAGAAGCUGCAGGACGAGAUCAGCAUUGCCAAGCAGGAGGCACACCGGCUGCGGGAGCUGCGCGAGGGCACCGAGAACGAGCUCAGCCGGCAGAAAUACGCCGAGCAGGAGCUGGAGCAGGUGCGGAUGGCGCUGAAGAACGCAGAGAAGGAGCUGGAGUCCCACUGCAGCUGGGCUGCCCCCGAGGCCCUGCAGAAGUGGCUGCAGCUGACCCACGAGGUGGAGGUGCAGUACUACAACAUCAAGAAGCAGAACGCAGAGAAGCAGCUGCUGGUGGCCAAGGAGGGGGCUGAAAAGAUCAAAAAGAAGCGGAACACCCUUUUUGGGACGUUCCACGUUGCUCACAGCUCCUCUCUGGAUGAUGUGGAUCACAAAAUCUUAACUGCAAAGCAGGCGCUGAGCGAGGUGACGGCGGCGCUGCGGGAGCGGCUGCACCGCUGGCAGCAGAUCGAGCUGCUCUGCGGCUUCCAGAUCGUCAGCAACCCCGGCAUCCACUCGCUGGCCUCGGCCCUCAACGUGGACCCGGGCUGGGUGGGCACGCCCCGGCCCAACCCCUCGCACUUCGUCAUCACCGACGACGUGGAUGACCUGGACGAGGAGCUGGUGUCGCCCAUGUCCAUCCAAUAUGCAGCCUGGCUUUUCGGGCGCAGGUUCAGCGACCGCUCCUCGCUGUCCUCGGAGGAUCAGUCCCUCUGGAAAUACCCUGCUCCGGCCUUGCCCAGCACAGUCCGGCAGCGCCUGGUGGAGCCGCAGCACGGCCACGGAUCGCAGAGGUUGGUAGAGAGUCUCGUGCCGGGGCAGCCCGAGGCAGGCCCCGUGGCCCCGCUGCGGGCGGGCCGAGUGUCCCUGCGCCGAAUGCACAGCCUCACCUCCGGACAGUCCUUCAGCUCCGACCUGCCCGGCUCCAGCCCAUCGCCUGCCUCCACCUCCUCCACCUCCUGCUCCUCAUCCACCACCACCGCACCUGCUCCUGCUUGCCAUGUCCACCCUAUCUAUUACCAUCACACCACCUCUUAUUUCCUCCAGAUGGAUUCCAUCCCCGACCUGCCCCCUCCUGAUGUCACCUCUGGAGUUCGCUGUCGCACUGGGAGCUUUGGAGAUUUAACUCGCUGCGACUCCGACUCCUCCAUCCCGCACCUGAGCGACCACCAGCGUACCCCCAGCUCGGCGCCCAAGCUGCUGGCUGCCCGGCCCACGCUGCUGACCAGGUCCAUGGAGGAGGCUGUCCCCGCGGCCCCGGGCCCCGGCGCGCCCACCCCCAACGGCGGCAGCCGGCACGGGGAGCCCUCCGCCCUGGCGGCUUUGCAGGAGCGGCUGCCCGAGAGCCCCAUGGUGAUGAAGAAGAUGAUGACGGCGAACCACGGCAUGGAGAAGUCCUCCAGCCUGGGGGAGAUCAGCCACCCGACGGCCGGCAAGCCCAGCCACUCGGAUUCGUCGCGGUCGCACAGCCCCAGCUCCACCGACCCCGACACCCCCUCCCCCAUCUCUGACUGCCGGCCCGGCGGCGCCAGGAACACCCGCAUCCCGCAGCUGGCCGCCAAGAAGAGCCCGGGGGACGAGGACAGCAGCCUGACGGGCGACGAGGUUGACCUCGGCCAGAGCAAGAAAAAGUUCCCCCUAAAGAUCUUCAAGAAGCCCAAGAAGUAGCGGGGGACACCCCCGGAGGCGUCCCGCCGGGCCCGGGGCCGGCCGUGCACCGGGAGCGCAGCGCGGCCCCGGCUCCCUCCACCCCGAGUCACCCCAGCGCCGGCACGGGAGGAGCUGUUUAAACUUAUUUAUUUCCUCAUCUCCGAGACGAGAAGCGCGAGAAGAGCCGCCCCUGCCUCCCUCCCUCCCUCCCUCCGACCGCUGCGGUCCCGGCUUUGCUGUGCAUGGCUUCCAGUUACUCCUGCUCUGCUCAGCCACGCGGCCUUUGGGUUUGGUUUCAAUGUGUUUUUUUUUUUUUAAUUUUAUUUUUUAUCGUUGUUAUUGAUUUGUUCUCCUGCCUCCUCCGACUUUUGCACAGGCUGAGGGCGGGCGGGGCCGGCGCCGCGCUCCCCCCGGGGUGACUCGGCUCGCAGCGGUUCUCCCUCAUUUCUCCGGGUCACUUCUCCGGCCCGGCCCCUCGGCUGCGCCCCUGGGAAGGGGAUCCCCUCCCGAGCAGGAGGACUCUGCCCUUGCCGGUACUUGUGCGCUCCCGGUGCCCACGGCCGCCGGGGGCCCGCGGGGACGGGGCUGUCCCCGCGCCGCUCCGCCCGGUGCCGGGGGACACGGGGCGGGAGGGACGCGCCCGGCCCCGGCUUCACUUCCCCGGGCACCCUCCCCGGUCCCCUGCACUCCUCCGAACUCACCGGGACCCGGGGACCCGGCUGAGGACCCUGGUGACGAGGGACAGUGAGGGACGGGCCCUGGUGAUGAGGGACAGUGAGGGACAGGCCCUGGUGACCAGGGACAGUGAGGAAAGGGCCCUGGUGACCAGGGACAGUGAAGGAAGGGCCCUGGUGACCAGGGACAGUGAGGGAAGGGCCCUGGUGACAAGGGACAGUGAGGGAAGGGCCAUUCCGAGGGGUGCUGGUGCAGAGCCAGGUCCAGCUGCCACAUCCACACGGAGAGGAGAGGAGGGGGCUCCGCGGAGCAGGGCCCGUCCCGUGUCCCAUGUCCCCUGUCCUGGCUGGGCAGGGCCAGAGGGAGGGACCAGGACACAGCAGGGCUCUCCAGGGCAGGGGACAGGCUGUGCCUGGCUGGCAGGACCGUGACAGAGUCCUCCCCUGGAGCAGCAGGCGGGUGCUGGGGGCUCUGUGCCCCCCGAGGGACGCAGGAG